AUGUUAUUUAUAAUUCAGAAUGUGUGCACAGUUAUGGGUAUAAUUGUUCUUGUUAUUAGUUUUGUUUCAACAUUCAUCUUUCAAGCAGGAUUAAUUAAAUAUUUGAUUGUUAAAUUUAAAAAUGUUAUAAUAAUAUCAAUAAUAUAUUUAGCUGUAUCAAUUACAACGCAUACAAUAACACUAAGAUCUCGUUGGUAUAACAAAGAAAAGUUUAUAUGGAGUUAUGAAUUACUUUCAUUAUACGUCAUUCAUAGAACAGUCGCAAUUUUUUAUUAUUAUAGUUAUAAAAAAGCAGCUCUCAUUUUAGGAGAUCCAAAAUUUUAUAAUGAUAAUAGUUGGUUAAGAGAUAAAAUAAGAUAUGAUUCAUGA